UUUUAUACUUUCACUUUUGAUAUGCCGUGGUUUCCAUUUACAAGCUUAAAUUCUUUUUUUUUCUAAGAAUUGUAGUCAGUUCAUUAAAGAUGAAACCCAUAUAAAGUUUUCGCAAAUACAAAACUGGUAGUCGCAAAAUAACUGAAUUGCACCAUUACAGCACAGGAUUGACAAUAUUGACAGGAUUAUAAAAGAGCUACUUUCACUUUUGAAAUUCAGCUUGUAGUGUUGUGAACAAAACAAAAUGCAAGUUUUUCUCCUCGUCAUGGCUUUCUUUACUACCAUCUUUGCAGCAGAAGAACAUGCAUACCAGCAGUUCAUCGGCUGUGCAUUCAACAAUGAAGGGCAAGUAAGCCGUUUCUGGCGCUAUGGGUAUGAUGGCAGAGACAUCAUGUAUGUGGACUUGGCGAAGGAAGCUGUGGUUGCUACUAGUGAACCUGGUCAGCUUUUAGCAGAAGAGAGAAAGAGCAAAGAAUACAUUAAGAGAAAAGAGGCACGACUAGCAAAGGUGUGUUCUGCGGUGAAAACAGUCUUCCUAAGGUCCAACAACUCCCUCUCCACAGCAGCAAAACCUGCAGUAUAUGUGUCUUCUGGAGGAGAAAAGAAUCAGGAAUAUCUUAAAUGUGUUGUGCAUGGCUUCUAUCCAAAUGUCAUUAAAGUACGCUGGACCAAAAAAGGAAGGCCAAUCUAUUUUGGUGUAUCAACUACUGGAAUACUCCCUCACAAAGAUGGCACAUUCCAGAUGACCUCCUAUCUGAGCCUUAGUAAUGUGAGCACCCACGAUGUUACUUGUGAGAUUGAACACUUAAGCAUUGAUGGGAAAUUGAAGAUAGACUAUGGGGACGAAUCUUUGUUUCUGUCAAAAAUCACAGAGCAUGUACUUAAAGCAGUGGCUGCCUUUCUUCUUGGAUUUGUAUUACCAGUGUGCCUAACUUUACUAUUUAUAUGCAUAAGGCAAAAAACAAGGAAAGCCCCCGAGAAUGAGAUAACAGACACAAGUGAUGAAUCAGAAGCAUCUUUAUCUUUGAAUUUAAUGAAUAUCUCUCAGGAAACAUAAAAUAUUUAAGGCGAGUGUGACUCAGAACAUAUAUGUGACCCUCGACCACAAAACCAGUCAUAAGUCGCAUGGGUAUAUUUGUUGCAAUAACCAAAAAAUACAUUGUAUGGGUCAAAACUAUCGAUUUUUUUUUUAUGGCAAAAAUCAUUAGGAUAUUAAGUAACAAUCAUGUUCCAUGAAUAUAUUUUGUACAUUUCCUACCAUAAAUAUAUAAAAACUUAAUUUUUGAUUAAGGCUACAAUAUGCAUGCACAUAAUUUAUGUAUCUUUAUAGGCAAUAAAAGUCUAUGCAAAAUA